CUGUAACUGCGUCUGAAGGCUGUGAGAGAUAAGUGGAAAGUCCCUAACACUGGAAAUCCCCUUUGUCUGCCUGGGCUUUUCCGCAGUCUGCAUGAACUACAUUAAGUUGGAGAACGUGAUCUAUGCUUUGACAUGUAGAGUAAACAUACCAACAUAUAAUUGAUUGUGAAGAAGGCUGAAUGGCGCUGUUUGGACUGCUACGGUUACCCUGAUUGAAGUGGCAGAGGACUACCAGGAGCAUCCUUAGGGCUUUGUUGGUGGUCUUAUUGCACAGUUCUGCAUUGGUACACGUUACAUCUGGUGAACACCAUGUCCCAGGGACAGAAUUUCCUGCCCAAGUUCCUCUUUGUGAGUAACCUGCUGAAAGCGGUCAAGAUCCGGGAGCGGGUGCCCAACGAUGUAGUGAAGCCUGCGGGCAGUGAAAGCCUGAUGUACCACCUGCGGGGCAUGCACCGGUACACACUGGAAAUGAUCAGCAUGAGCCAGUUCCCUCAGGCCUUCCAACAGGUCAUUCAGGCAGCCAUCUUGGACAGGGCCAUGCAGAGCUCCCUAGAGCAGGAGAAGAAGCUCAACUGGUGCCAUGAGGUCAAGAAAAUGGUACCACUGAGGACCAAUGGAGAUGGGAACUGUCUUCUCCAUGCUGCCUCUCAGUACAUGCUGGGGGUGCAGGACACAGACCUGGUCCUGAGGAAGGCCCUGCACAGUGUGCUCAAGGAGAACGAAACAGGCAACUUUAGAGCCCGUUUCCAGACAGAGCUACUGCAGUCUCAGGAGUUCACCCAGACUGGCCUGCGUUACAGCACUAUGAAUUGGGAGGAGGAAUGGGAGAAGAUCAUCAAGAUGGCUUCGCCUGUGUCCAGCCGCAAUGGGCUGCAGUUUGACUCCCUGGAGGACAUGCACAUCUUUAUCCUCUCCAACAUCCUCCGCAGGCCCAUCAUCAUCAUCGCAGACCAGGUGCUGCGCAGCAUGAGGUCCUGCUCCUCCUUCUCUCCCCUCAACGUGGGGGGCAUCUACCUUCCUCUGCACUGGCCUCCAAGGGAGUGCUACAAGUACCCCAUAGUGCUCGGCUACGACUCCCAGCACUUUGCCCCCCUCAUCACCAUCAAAGACAGUGGUCCAGAGAUCCGAGCAGUGCCGCUGAUCAACCCGGGCCGCGGGGGCUUCGAGGAGCUCAACGUGCACUUCUUGAUGGAGAAGGAGCAGACGCAGAAGGAGAGGCUUCUGAAGGACUACCUAAUGCUGAUGGAGAUCCCUGUCAUUGGACUGGGCUACGAUACCACACGCAUCAUCAACGCUGCCAGGCUGGAUGAAGGGAACCUGCCUGAGGACAUGAACCUGAUGGAGGACUACCUCCAGUUGGUCAACCACGAGUACAAGCGCUGGCAGGAGGACAAGGACCAACUGUGGGCCCCCCACCCCCAUAGACCCCCCUUCUCCGUGUCUCAGCUGUCCCUCAUCGAGAUCCGAUGUGCCACACCACGAUGCACCUUCUACGUCUCCGUGGACACCCAGCCACACUGCCACGAGUGCUUUGAGAAACGCAAGGGCCAGCCUAAUGGGAGGAUAGAGGCUGCCCCUAUGAAAGGCGGAAAUCAGGCUUGUGAGCCAGGGUGUAGUAGUAGAGUACGGCCCAGCCCUUCUGGCUACCUGGCGAUGUUAUCCAGCCCGCUCUCCGUCGCUACACCGCGCUCGGCGUCCUGCUGUUACAGCGAAACCCACGCCAUGAAGUGCAAGAUGCCUGGCUGCGUUUUCACCCGCAGCAAGGAGCACAAUGGUCUGUGUGAACACUGCUUUAACAGCCGGCAGAAUGCACGAGGAAGGUGCGGCAUGUGCCACCAGGAGGCCUUCAGGAUAUUUAACGGACUGUGCCCCCCUUGCUUCCAGAGUACUGGCACAGAGCGGGGUGAGGAGCCCCAGCCGCCGGCAGCAGCGUCCUCUUCUGGGUCGCUAUGGACCCAGCCCCCGCCCAGGGAAACUGAGUGCUCGGGCCGACCCUGUAAACGGUCGGGAUGCCAGUUCUUUGGGACUCAACAGAAGCGUGGAUUCUGCACCAUCUGCUAUGUGGACUAUCAGACCAACCACCUAGGGACCCUUCCUCCUCCUGCUCCAAUCCAGACUCGCCAUGCGUCGGAGGCAGGCUUCCAGAAUGCUUCGCGCUGUCAGGGCCUGGGGUGUGGGGCCAUGGGCAAUGCCAUGCUGGAGGGCUACUGUAACAAGUGCUUCUUUAACGAGCAGAGCUCCAGGUUCAACCAGAAUGCUACCCGGGCUCCCGGUGCCCACUCCCCUCCACUGGUGAUGCGGACUGCUAAACCAGAACAAGACAAACCCAGAAAGACCCAGACCCAGGCCACGUGCAGAUGGAAUGGCUGCAGUAACUUCUCCCCCGGCAGCACAGACCCGUGUCCAGAGUGCCGGGCCACACGGGGGCAGAGAGAGAGCCGCAGGGAGAGGGCAGGGGCACCUAAGGAGACGAUGAAGCAGAGUUGUAAAGCCCAAGGCUGUGACCACUAUGCCAACAUAGAGAAGCAAGGCUUCUGUAACGAAUGUGACCACUUUAAGCAGGUCUACAGGGGGUGAGCCCAAAGGUUUGGGGAAGAUUAAAAUGGUCGUGCCACCAUGCUAGUCAAAGCAUCUCUGAAACUAGUGACCCUAAGGCCAGACGCCCGUUUUAACAUGUGCUCAUGAAGAGAAAAGAGCAGGGGCAGUAGAAAUGGCAGGCAGAAUACCUCUUAGUGCAAUUAUUAUUAUCCCACGUGUACAGGAUGAAAGGUGAGGUAUACGUGUCAGACAACAGACAACGUGUACAGUAUCAUGCUGUAUUACUGAUUGUAUCUUGAAAAAGCGCAAUACGUAAGCUGCUUAAUAAUACGGCCAAGCAAUCGACCAAAAUUCUGACAACUGCAAAGUUGUGCCAAAGCCAUCACGACCACUAACAAAAUGAGAGUUUGGUCAGUAGAAAUGUGGUUUAAACAGGAUUAGGUACAGUCAAAACUGUUCCAUACCUAGACAGCUAAUGUACAGUAUCUGAGUGAUUGUGAGUGGGCAGUACCCUUAAGUACUGAAUGGUGCUACUUGAACAGAACUCAAACGUAGAGGUUAUGUUACAUGACAGAGAAAAACGGUAGUUAAAUCUCCAUAAUAUUCAACCUCA